AUGCCGGCCAUACUGGAGGAUCCAGAUGCGCCCGUGAUUUACCGGCAAUCGGGUCAGGCUCCGUAUCCAACCUCAGAUAAUCCGCAGAUCCCUUCCUCUAUAUUCCCCCGGCCAGUCACUCUCCGCGAUCGCGUUACAGUCGCAACCUUGAUUCCGUUCUUCUCGCCAGAUUCCGUCCCCAGGAGACUUCUCAACUAUCUUGCCGACAACCUCAACCAAGAAAUCGAACGUGGAGACACGUACCCGAUGAUCGACCCUCUGCCCGUCGAGAAAUUCGGACCUUACUGGUUCGGGAAUUUCGGCGCGGUCAUGGUUCUUGGAGAUAUUGGCGGCGUCGAAGCUGUCGCCGAAAUGGAUCGCAAUGGCGCCGACUGGAACAAGCUUUGUCUCGGCAGCUUUUAUGUUAAACCUAACUAUCCCGGUCGGAGUAGUCAUGUGUGCAACGGCGGAUUUCUGGUCACCCCGGCCGCCCGCAACAAAGGCGUAGGCAAGUCGAUGGGCCAGUGCUACCUGGACUGGGCGCCGCAACUGGGUUACACGUAUUCAGUAUUCAACCUGGUGUAUGAGACAAACACCGCUUCCACGAGGAUUUGGGAUUCGCUUGGUUUUAAGCGCAUAGGACGUGUUCCUGGCUGUGGUCGUCUGAAGUCUUCUAGCGAACCGGUGGAUGCCAUCAUUUAUGGGAGGGAUCUCAAGUCGGAGGGAGAGACGGAUCAGUCUGAGGAGCGUUUCGACAAAAUCCGUUACUACUUAAGACACCAGCUGUAUCCGCAAGGCGCUGACCGCUCGGAAAAAAGCCGACUUAGAAGCGCCGCGACACACUACAAACUGGUAGGUGGCCAGGACGGCGUGCCAGAAAAGCUCUUCCUGAAAGACAAGGAGGUCAUUUCCGACCCUCAAGCACAAUACGAGAUCGCCAAACAAAUUCACGAUCAAGCCCACGGAGGCAUCAACAAAACAACAGCAAUCAUCGCGACGAAGUAUCACUGGAUUCGGAUCAAGGAAACUGUCAGCCAUGUGAUCAAAAACUGUCCGGAAUGCAAGGAUGUCAACAAGCCGCCAAUGAUUCGCACAGAAAACAGACCAGGUCGCAGCAAAACGAUCGAUGAAGCGCCACCAAGCUUACCAGAAGCCACCCAGCCACCGCCACCGCCGCCGCCGCCACCUGAGGUGCAGCAGCCGCCUGCACCAGAGGAAAGCAUACCCACCAACGACAUUUCGAGCCAUGAUUUCGCUGCCAUCCAGCAACCGAUGGAUCUUGCCAACGAGCACUUGACUGAUCCUGGCGCGCACCUGCACCCAUAUGACGAGAUGGCUAUCGACCCCCAAAUCAUGGAACAGAUUCAGGCAAUGGCCAACGAGUAUGAUCAAAAUCAUGCAUUUGUCCAGGCUGGACUGCCCCCUUUUGCCAACCCUUCUCAUUUACAACCCCAUCAUGAUCCACACGAUUUCAAUCCUCAAGCACCAGAUCAUCAGUUCAUGGAUGGCACGAAUCAACCUAUGAUUGGCCAUGAUCAUGUCAUGAAUGACGGGGCACCGCCGGGGACGGGAUUGAGCAAUAUGCAACCGAUCCAGCAUGUUCUGCCAAUGGAUUAUAUCGACCCUUCCAACAAUCCCCCGUUCAAACUUGAGCAAUAG